CAAAAAAAAAAAUAUAGACAUGUUCAUACGAAUAGUUCAUCAUCCGAUAAACAAAGACAAUAUAAUAAUUAGCCAGAGAGAUGAUUAGGGCAGGACUAGUGGGAAAGAAAGUUCCAUCUUACGACUCUCGAUGGGACGAGAAGGGACACACCAUGAUCUCUCAUAUAUUCGUUUCUUACAGCGAAUUCAUUACAUGUGUUCAGUUUGGCUACUUGAAGGAUGGAGCCCUAGUCUUGUCUGAAACGUUUGGUUUCUCUGAAGGAAGCUUUCGAACUGUGAAACUGAAUCAAGAUGAAUAUAUAACUGGAUUGAGUGGCGUAGUGGAAAAGAUGGGAGGAAUAAUAAAUUUGACGUUCCACACUAACCGUGGGAAGCACGGGCCUAUUGGACGUUCAAGCGAUGGUUGUGGUAGAAGCUGUUCCACGAUAGAGAUUGAUCCGGCAAUAAGUGAUAGAAGUGAGUUUAGUGGUUUCUUUGGGACUUACAAUAGUCACUACUUGUCAGCGAUUGGUAUUUACGUGAGUCCCACUCCAAUGACCGGAACGGUGGUUAAACGUGAAAACAAUAAACCAAGCAACGCUCAAUAGUUAGCCUUUUCGAUUUUGUUGUUUAGUUCACUCUUAGUUUUACUGGAGGGAAGUCGUCUUAAUGUUGUCUUUUUAAUUCUUAACUCUCAGCUAAUUAAAAGGGUUUUAUUUUUUUUA